CAUGAAUAUAUUAAGAUGCACAUAUACAUACGCAUUACAUACAUACGUAUCACAUACAUACAAAUAUAAACAUGUAUUGAAAGUUAUAAAUGAACUCUUGCGGAUGACUAAUAGCUUUUUUGUUUAGACUUAGAUAAGUCGAACUUUUAUUCGUGCAAUGGGAAAUCCCUAUCUUCAUUGUCAGGGAUGCAAAGAUAUCAUUCAAUCUUCACUGUGAUCAGUAAUAGAAAGUGAUUAGAAAGUGGUUUUGCGUUUCGUUCGUAGAAACAUACGAGGAAGAAUGGAGAUUGGAAGCAAAAUGACUACGAAGAUACAAAAAUGGAAGAAUGUUAAAAAUAAUAAAAUCAUUGAUUCUUAUACUACUGUCGAGCAGUUACCAAUUUUAAAUUUUCCUGACCUUUUAAUACCGCAAGAUUUAAUGAUUGCUCUGAAAAAUAAUUUGAAGAUUACUAAUAAUAACAGAAGUCAGAAUAGUCAGAAGAUUAAAAAUUAUAUAACAUGCAUUGAAAAUCUUGCAAAAAUUAAUAAGAUACAACAAGAAAAUUAUUUGUUUCUAUUUAAAAUUUUAUUAUAUUUGGAAGAAUUUGCAAGAUCUACGGAAAUGAAAAAACAUAAUUUAAAAUGCCAAGAAAUACAAAUAUGCUCAAACAAUAUAUUUACUAUAUUUGUACCCUCUUUAAAUAUUGACGAUCCUUUUGUCAAAAUAGAGGAUAAGAUUGUAUUGAAAGAAACCAAUUCAUUAGGUCGUUCAUAUAAUGCUCAAAUUAUACGUAUUUGUAACAAAAAUAUAAAAGUUAUCGUUCCUAGGAAAUUUCUACUUAAAUAUGAUAGCGAUAAGAAAUAUGAUAUAAACUUUGUAUAUUCAGAUUGGUCUAUGAAAUGUUGUCAUUAUGCAUUGUAUUUAGUUAAUAGUUGUGAUCUUACUUCAUUAAUGUAUCCAACAAUCAGAACAAAUAGAAGAUACUUGAAGUCAGAUUUAAAUUGGUUGAAUGAGUCUAUGAAGGAAAAUGCUGAACAAAAACAAGCAGUAAUAAAUAUUUUAAAUAGGACCGCUUAUCCUGCACCAUAUAUAUUAUUUGGGCCACCUGGUACUGGAAAGACUGCUACAUUGGUUGAGUUAAUUUGUCAGAUAUGGCAGCAAGGUACGUCAAAAAGCGUAUUGGUUUGUUCUUCGUCUAAUGCAGCUAUAGAUGAAAUUACAAAAAGAUUAUUAAUAUAUAUACCUCCAAAUGAAAUGCAUAGAAUGUAUUCACGUUCCAAAAGAAGAUCCGACGUAGAUUCUAUUAUCCACCCUUGUGCUAAUUUUGUAGAGGAUACAAAUAUCUUUUUACCAAAGGAAAUUUUAUUAUUUAAAAAAAUUAUUCUCACUACGCUGGUUUCAUGUACUAGGCUUUUGAGAGCAAACAUAAAGGAAAGUCACUUUUCUUUUGUAAUCAUUGAUGAAGCAAGUCAAGCUAUAGAACCAGAGACAUUAAUACCGUUUUUGUUAGCGUGUAUGAAAGAGGACGAAAACAAAGGUUUGUUGCAAGCACAGGUUGUCAUUGCAGGCGAUCCUUGUCAACUGGGACCUUCUAUUCGAUCAAAAAUAGCAGAACCAUUGUUAGGUAUAUCAAUGUUAGAGAGAUUAAUGGAUUGUCCUGUAUAUAAACGAGACAAAGAAAACAAAUAUAAUCCGCAUUAUGUAACGAAAUUAAUACGAAAUUAUCGUAGUCACAAGUGUAUAUUACACGUACCUAACAAAGAGUUUUAUGAAAAUGAAUUAAUUGCUUGCGGAGGUGCAGAAAUCAAUGCGGCAAUAGGAUGGUCAAAAUUACCAAACAAGAAAUUUCCUUUAAUAUUUCAUGCAUCUAAUGGUGAAGAGAAGAGAGCAGAAAAUUCGCACAGUGUUUAUAAUCUUCAAGAAGUAUCUAUCGUAAUGAGGUAUUUAACUUCAUUAUUGGGCAAAAAUCUUGGAACUUUACAAGUUAAGCAAGAUCAUAUAGGUAUUGUAGUACCAUUUAAGCAACAACAAUUCAAAAUAUGUAAUGAGUUAGAAAAAAGAAAUUGGAAGGAUAUAACUGUUGGCACCGUAGAAACGUUUCAAGGGCGUGAAAAAGAAAUAAUUAUUUUAACUACAGUACGGUCUCGUCUAUUUGUGCACAAUGGAAUAGAACAUAUCGGAUUUUUAUCUAACGAAAAAAGAUUCAAUGUUGCUAUAACUAGAGCAAAGUGUCUACUUAUCGUAAUAGGGAAUCCAUUGGUCCUAGAGACUAAUAAUUGUUGGAGAUUAUUAGUGCAAUAUUGCAAAGAGAAUGAGGCUUACAUUGGAAAUACUUCUACAUUUGCACAAAUAUCUGAAAAAGAAGAAAUACACAAUAAAUUGGCUAAGAGAUAUGUUCCUAAAUUACAUCAAGAUUAUAAUCAUAUAUUUUCUUUGAGUAAUAGUUUCAAAAAAGAGACCAAGAUUCUACCUCAUAAUUAGUUAUGGCAUAGUUAUACGAUAUAUAUAAAAACAAUAACUUGGCAAAACUUUGCCAUUUAUUCAGUAUUAUGGACGAAGGAUCAAAUAAAACCGUGAAUAAUUUUAUGUAAAUCCUUUGUACAUUUAUUAAGGUAUUUUUAUCGAUGUAGUAUUUCAAUUAUAUGUAUGUAGAGAUUUAUUCUAUAUUUAAUGAAGUUGUCAAAUGUUUCCAAAGGUACAUGAAAGCAGAUGUUUCUGAUUUCCUUUUACAUUAAAGAACACUUUUAUCUA